AGCACCUGUCAAUUCAACUGCACUCGCACCCCCCGACAGCCCAUCGACCUGGAAGUUGCUCAAUGCUGUCUGGCGUUUGUUACUCAUAACCAGGAAGGCACGAUACACAGCGCCUCCCUCAACUUCGACAAAACUCGACAAAACUCACCCCACCCGCACCGCACGAUGCCUCUGCAGAAACGUGAAGCUCGCGAUGCGCCUGUCUCUGGCCGAUGGAAGCGGCAGAAGAGUUCUGACUCACUGCAGCAGGGUGGGGCCGCUGCGGCUGUUGACCUGACUGCACUGAAUGCAGCGAGUUCACCACUGCUUCGCCUCCCUCCCGAGCUGCGCCAUCAGAUCUGGGAGCUGGCUUUCGGCAACAGGAUGAUACACGUCUGGUCGCACAACAAGUACGAAGACGAAGAACAACUGACCCAGGUGUUUUACAUUGCUCACGAUGCCGUCUGCCAUCGGAUCUGUGGAUCGCCCGAGUGGCUCUCUGAGAUGGGCCGCCCGGAAGCAACGCAAAGCCAUGUCAAGCCACAGCUCGUGUGUCGUCAGCUCUGGGCCGAAACCUCAGAGGUGUUCCUCUCGUCGUGCACCUUCAGGGUCAGUCGUUCUGAAGACUUUCGAGCGUGGGCGCUGUCAGGACAUAAUUCCGUCCCGCGCGUCCGCCGACUCCUCGUUCACCUGUCCGGGGGCAAGUCGCACAACUUUCCCAUGUACUCACAUGCAGACUUCACCUCAUCACUUGUCGGCCGCUUCUCAAGCCUGGAGGGUGUCGUUUUCACGGGCUCGGUGUAUUGGGGACCGCGAGAGGCGGUCUUGAAUGCCGACGUUAUGGGUGGCGACCACUGGAGGAUGAUCCACAUACCGGUCAUCAUCCGCGCCUUUCAGCAACACAAGCUAAAGGAAGAACUGACUCACGUCACGAUGCUGCCUAAAUGCUACUCGCACGAUGUCUGGGAUACGAAACCGUACAACGAGGCGAUUCGGAAAGCCCUACUUCAGCAUCACCCGCGACGCCUGUCGAAACGGAGAGCUUAGGCGGAGGGAACGGCUCAUCCAAACUCCAACCGCAUGAGCUGGUUGGCAUCGAAUCGGAGCAAGGCGAUGCAUGGCCAUUAGAGCCCCCACAACUGCACCCCGGUCAUCAGGAGGAAGCGAGACGCCGUAGACGCACAUGUGAAGU